AUGCCUUUCGGCCUAAAGGGGGCUGCACCAACGUUUCAGCGACUCAUAGAUCGCUUCCGGUCAGGAUCUUCACUUGGUGGUAGGCAUAUUCUAGGUUAUCUUGAUGACCUAUUAGUAAUUUCAGAGGACCUUGAGUCCCAUUUGUCUGAUUUACGUGCGGUAUUUGAGCGUCUUCGGAUGUUCAAGUUAAGAGCCAACCGUGAAAAAUGCGUGUUCGCCAGGGACCGGCUCAAAUACCUAGGUCACGUAAUAUCCAACGACGGUAUGUCUCCAGACGAAGAUAAGGUGCGUGCUGUCCUAGAUAUAAAAGAACCGACUAAUCUCCAGCAACUUCGUACCUUCCUGCAAACUUGCUCUUGGUUUAGAAAGUUCAUACCAGAGUUUGCGAAGGUAGCUGAGCCGCUUACAUGCCUUACCAAAAAGUCACAGAUGUGGCAAUGGGGAGAUGAUCAAGCCAAAGCCUUCGUACAUCUAAAGUCCUUUCUGGCUUCACCACCCAUUCUUGUUCAGCCGGACUACUCAAAGCCAUUCAUCCUUAGGACGGACGCCAGCGAUUUUGCCCUAGGUGCAGCUUUACUUCAGGGGGAGUCUCCAAGGGAUGAACACCCAAUCGAGUACGCGAGCUGUCUCCUCACGUCAGCCGAGAAAAAUUAUACUACUACGGAGCGGGAGGCGCUAGCAGUUGUUUGGGCAGUGGAAAGAUUCCGUGGGUAUAUUGAUGGUCACCAGAUAGUAGUCAGAAGUGAUCAUCAACCCCUGAAGUGGCUGUUUUAUCUCAAAUCGCCUAAAGGUAGGCUUGUUCGUUGGGCUUUAAAGCUACAAUCACUUGGUCUUCAAAUGAAAUACACUCCUGGGAAGGCUAAUGUGCUAGCCGACACACUCAGCCAUCGAGUCAUCGAUAGCACUUUGACGGAAUGUGGUGUCUGCCCCGUGUCUGUAAAUGUUCCACGUUGGGAUGCUACAUCAACCCGUGAAGCCCAGCUGGUUGAUCCAGAAGUAGCCAAAAUCCUUAAAGACUUGGAAAGUUCUGAUGAGCUGUCAGUUCAUCGGUGGUCGGAUAGGGGGUACCUGGUAAACCAAGGCGUUUUGUACCGGUACGUGGACGACACCGAUACGGAGGAGUCUCAGCUGGUAGUAACGGAGAGUUUUCGGGGCAAAUUUAUGUUUGAGUGUCGUGACUCGCCAACCGCCGCUCAUGGAGGUAUUCAACGGACUUUGCAUCGUAUAUCCCAGCAGUUCUAUUUCCCUGGUAUGAGACGCUAUAUCACCGAUUACCAGAAGACCUGUACUGAGUGUAAGUCUUCCAACUUGAAACCGCCUAGCUUACUCCAGACUCCGGUACCGGCUCAACGAUUCGAGGUUAUUGCCGUCGAUCUCUUUGUACCGUUACCCAAAGGACCUCAGGGUGAAAGGUGGAUUUUGAUAGUGGAGGACACUGAUAGAAAGUGGGUCGAACUGUUUGCUCCAAGCGAGGCCACAGGCGAAACCUGUGCGAAAACUCUUGUUGGUGAAAUCUUUAUGAGGUAUGGACUUCCUAGGCGGAUGAUCUCCAAUAACGUCCUUCAGAUUACGCCUUACCUUUUGAAGCUUGCUGACUCACUCUCAGAAGCUAAGGAGAACAUUGAACAUCAACAGGAUCUUCGUAAGCUCCAAGCCGAUUCCGAUCGCCGUGAUUCGGAUCCAUUACAAGAAGGUGAUCUCGUACUCAUGAAGUCACAUGUCCUGAGUAAUGCUAAUAAGGGUGUUACUUCUAAAUUCAUCCCGAAGCAGAAUGGUCCGUAUGUGAUCUCCAAACAGGUGAGUCCAACUACUUACAUUCUAACUUCGCAGAAGACUGGUGAAGUCGUUGGUAAGUAUCAUGUGUCGGAUCGACGUAAAUACCAUGACAGGGGUGGUAAAGAAUGUCCGGAGUCGGUUGCUCCUAAGCGUCGUAGGAGUCGUCCUCGUAAGGAUCGCUGCUAG